ACAAACAUGUCACACAUUAACAAUACUCCCCUGAAUCUAUUUUAACUCUUUUUAUUUACCAAUUAAUCUCGUACACAAUCCUUAACAAUUACUAUUAUCCUCUUCGCCAGAUUGUAAAUCUCACAAACCUUAGUAUCUGUAUAUGUGCACAUGCAUCCAGUGAUUUCUGAUUAGAGUGAUUGAUUAUCCCUGAUUAUGCUCAGAGAAGGGUCUUGUUUCAUGUUCUCCUGUCAUUGUGAUUGUGAUUUCUGGGCUAUAUAGUAUUAUAAAUUCCUCAUAGGGUUUUAGAUAAGUGUUGAUAUAGGCAAUCAGAUGUUGAUGGUUCCUUGUAGACAUACUCUUAUAAGUUAAUCUGUCACUUUCGAAGAAUUCUAAGCUGCUUUCUUUAUUCUGUAUUGGACAACUACUGAUUACUAGCCAAUCUGUUCGGUUUUACCUACAUUUAUGAGUCUUGAAGGGGUAAUGGCUGACAAGAGCAUGCUUCCGUCGAGGUUUUUUAUAUGUUUAAUUGCUGUUGCAAUGUGUCUGUUGGUCUUUUCAUCGACAUUCUUGUUUCGGUUGAAUGACAAUUCGUUUAUGCCCGGUGGGCUUGAGAGUGUUGAUGAUUAUAACAGCUCGGAGUACUUUAUAUCGGAUUUGAGACAAUCAGUGUCUCAAACCGCAGAGACUGAUACGAUAACGCCUUUUAGUAAAAAGACUGAGAUAAGCGAUGAGUUAGUUCCUCAGAUCACUGAUGUUCCUAGGACUGUUUCUUUAGGAUAUGAUGAAGUGAAGGUGUGUGAUCCAACGCGGGCUAUUCUUAGGGUGUAUAUGUAUGAUUUACCUCCUGAGUUUCACUUUGGACUCUUGGGAUGGAAAGGAGGUCCAGGUCAGUUGUGGCCAGAUGUUAGUAAAACAAGUCAAAUACCUCGAUACCCUGGUGGGCUGAAUUUACAGCACAGUAUAGCAUACUGGCUAAUCCUUGAUCUUCUAUCUUCAAACAGUGAGGAAGUACAGAGACCAUGCUCUGCGAUCAGAGUUCAGAAUGCAAAUGAUGCAGAUAUUAUAUUUGUGCCAUUUUUGUCUUCACUUAGUUACAACAGAUUUUCCAAGCCUACUAGAAAAAAAAGAGUUAGUAUCAACAGAAUGUUGCAGGAUAAAUUGGUGAGGUUUCUGAAGGACCAAGAUGAAUGGAAACGAUCAGGCGGGAAGAAUCAUUUGAUUGUAGCCCACCAUCCAAAUAGCAUGGUGAGUGCAAGGAGAGAGCUAGGUUCCGCUAGAUUUGUUCUUGCUGAUUUUGGAAGAUACAGCAAACAAAUAGCAAACCUUGAAAAAGAUGUGAUUGCUCCUUACCAACAUGUAAUUAAGACCACACCUGCUAAUAUUUCAGCCCCUUUUGAGGAUCGCCCAAUCUUAGUGUACUUCCAAGGUGCAAUUUAUCGAAAAGAUGGUGGCGCAAUUCGCCAUGAAUUAUACUACCUUCUCAAAGACGAAAAAGACGUUCACUUCUCAUUUGGAAGUGUUCGAGCAAAUGGGAUUAGGCAAGCAGGGAGAGGGAUGGCUUCAUCCAAAUUUUGCCUAAAUAUUGCUGGAGACACCCCUUCCUCAAAUAGAUUAUUUGAUGCCAUAGCCACUCAUUGUGUUCCUGUUAUUAUUAGUGAUGACAUUGAGCUACCUUAUGAAGAUGUUUUGGACUACUCAGAAUUCUGUAUAUUCAUUCGUGCAACUGAUGCUGUUAGAAAGGGUUACCUUCUUCGUCUUCUCAGAGGGAUUGAUCAGGACAAAUGGACCAAAAUGUGGAACAGAUUAAAAGAAACUGCAAAGCACUUUGAGUAUCAGUUUCCGUCAAGGCCAGGUGAUGCUGUAGAUAUGAUUUGGGGUGUAAUUUCUCGGAAAUUAUCUUCUUCAUAUAAUGAAGUUUACAGAAAGAAUCGGUACAACAAAACCAAGCUCUUGCUUAAAACUUCGUGAGAUUUUCAUUAUGGAUAAGUGGGACAUAUGUAGAAAAACAAGUACAAGGGAAUACAACCUUAUUUUUAGAAGAUUAUCUUGUCUCUCUUUCAUUUACUAAUAUAGGCACUUGUAAAUUACAUAUACUUUUGUAUUACUUACAACAUCCCUAUAAAUAUACCUUUUUGUUAUGAGAGAACAUAUAUCUGGCGUUCAGUACAGAGUUUUU